AUGGAUCACAUCCCCUCAUUGCCCAGAUCCUAUAAAGGCAACACGGAGUUUUUGAAUUUCGAAGAUCUCUUCUCUGGUUACGUGAUCGCCAAAGCGAGCGGGUCCAGGACGGCUCAGACCGUGGCAGAAUCCUACGAGGAAUGUGUGUUCCGCCCAUUUGGUGCCAGUGCGGUGAUCCGCCAUGAUCGUGAACCCAGAUUUAUGUUCGAUUUCUUUCGCGCGUUUAAUAAGAUCCUGGAUCAGCGUCAACAUUGGGGCGAGUAUGCGGAGCGACUUACAUUCGCGAUCAACACCGCUCAGGAUCGGAUUCGCGGAGAGACGCCGUUUUACAUGGUUCAUGGUUGGGAUCCGAGAGCCACCCCUGGAGGCAGUGAUCCCGAUGGGAAGUACAAGAAGACAGGAUCGGGAUCCGCGGAGAUGGCGAUAUCGGAUCCAGAGACAUUACCAACAGGCACGAGACCAGGUGAAUCAACGCUUACGAUCUCGGAUCGAGCGGAUCAGAACAAUGACAUAGUCGGAUUCCGAGUGUGGUUAUACUUGGAUCGGGUGCGAGCGGGAUAUGUCAAGAAGCUUGCGCAUCUGUGGCAUGGCCCUUUCCGUGUGGCCGAGAAGAUCGGCGAGUAUGCAGUGAAACUUGAGAUCGCCGGAUCCGCGUACAAUAUCUUCCCCGUAAUCCAUGUGGCAAAGAUUAAACCCGUCAUAGAGUUUCCGGAUCGACCGGUAAUACAUCUUAUGACGCAGGGUCAAGAUCGUCUGGAUUUCGACGAAGCACUUUUUCCUGGAGAUAGCUGGAUCCAAGAUCUCGAUCCGGACGAGUAUGAGGUUGAAAGGAUCUCGGCUAUGAAGACUGGCCGAAAAACAAGAUAUGGUCGGAUCUUCCGUGGAAUUUUAGUACACUGGGGGGAUCUCAACUGUGGAACAAUCCUCCACGAGUUUUUGCGGGAUCGCGCCAAUCAGAACCGGUUUGGCGUGAUGCAAUCUCACGAAGAGUCCUGA